GGUAUCCCAGUGACCAAUAGAGGCCAACGGCCUCACCUAUAUGUGCACGGUGCUGGUGAAGCCUUGCAGUGCGCGAUGGACCUCCGCCGAGGGCAGCUGUGGGCGCUCUUGCUGCUGCUUACCGUUCAAUGUGUAAAACCAAUUCCAAAAGACGAAACAUAUGUUCUUGAUGGAAAGCCUUCACUGGCUGCAGAAUUUCCAUGGCAUGUUGGAAUAUAUUUACAUGAAAAUGAUGGAUAUUUACAACUAUGUGGUGGAACCCUUAUAAAAAGAAAGUUGGUUCUAACUGCUGCUCAGUGCCUUCGAAAAUCAAAUAAUCCUAAGGAUUACAUGAUUGCAGCGGGCAAAUACCACAGAGGCUGGGAUAUAAAGGAUCCAACAGAACAACAACUUGAAGUGGAGUCAAUUGUGAUUCAUGAUAUGUAUAGAGGACCUUCACGAAAUUAUGCUGAUGAUAUAGCUAUAAUAGUUCUGAAAAAUGAAAUAACAAUCUCAGACUUUGUGAGACCAGUUAGUCUAGAUCUUGAAAGUAAAUAUGAGAGAGAACAACUGUCUUCUGGGAGUUUUGGCUCUAUUGCCCACUGGGAGUACAAUGAAAGUCCAGAACCAAGUGACGUACUGCUAGUGACCAAAUUGCCAUUUAUCGAGUUCAGCCAAUGUUACGAGCUACUUCCCCAGUCUGUAAGACCUUUAUUUGCUUCUGACAAAUUCUGUGCAGGAUAUGGAAAUGGUACUGCAGUUUGCGCGGGUGAUGCUGGUGGUGGCUUGUUGUUUGAGCAUAAGGUAACAGCCACAACAAAACAGUGGUUCAUUCAGGGAAUAGCAAGUUUAGGUCCACCAAGAGGAGUGAAACCGUGUUCCAGUUACCCGGUUCUUUUCACGAGAGUGAACAGUCAUCUGAACUGGCUCAAGGCAUACUAUGACAAAUAUUAAAAAAGAACAGUACAUUAUGAAACAUGUACUAUAAUUAGACAUGUAAGAACUUUAUUCUGGAUUCCACUCAAUGUAAAUAAGCUUGUGAGUGUUUGAUUAGGAGGGGGGGAGGGCUUUUAAGCUAUAAUAAAGUGUCUUCCUAGAAAAUCCAAUACAUUUGUAAUGCAUAGAAGAGAAGCUUCUUCUUUCUUUCCAGAACCGAAGUGUCCUCAAAUGUAAUUUACGUUGUGAAAUAAUUUCAUGUAUUUGUAUCUUUGUGGAACAUAUUAAUUGAAGUAACAAUUUACAUGUAAUGUCUGAAUGAACAUACUGGGUGAUCAAGAAGUCAGUAUAAAUUUGAAAACUUAAUAAAUCACGGAAUAAAGUAGAUAGAGAGAUACAA